AUGGUGCCAAUUCUUUCAAAGUCAAGCAACUUGAACAACAAAAUAUUACGAGACUUAUCCGCCCACGAGAAACACCAAACACAAAACUUACAAAGAGAAAUCGAAGAAAUGACCAAACAAUGUAAUGAUUUACAAAAGUCUAGUGAAGAACUAGCAUCUCAAGUUAAUGAUUUGCAUGAACAGGUUGAUGCAGCUUUAGGAGCAGAGGAAUUAGUUGAGCUUCUGGGUUAA